AUGACACCAUCACCACUCUCAUUGCUUAGCGCAACGCUUUUGUCCUCUGUGAACACAACAAAUGCAUCGGAGCAAGAACUCAAUGAUGUAGAGUGGAAAAAUGUUGCAAAAGAACUCAUGGCGCUGCGUGAGUAUACGCAAGAGGAGGUCAAGGACCUGACGAAGGCACUCGAUCAAGUCGAAACUCUGGAUCAGACUAACACAUCAGAACAGACUAGCAAUAUCUCAGUGGUGUUAUCUGACAUCAAGUCAAUUCGCUCACAACUCGAGACUGCAGAAAAGCAUUUUUCACAGUUGGAAAACGUCGUUCGACCUGGACUUUCAAAACUCCAAAAUCUACACAGUCGAGCCACAUAUCUUGAAGCGGUUGUGCAGGUAGAGAAACUAAGUAAUCAAGCCAAGCAACAAGCUGCACAUGCUACACUGGAUGCAUUGGAAGCGUUUCAGAGUUUUGCCACGUAUGCUGCUGCAAUUCCCGACGAAUAUUCAGUCAUCCGAAAAAAAGCUAAUAGUCGAUUAGAGAAACUAUCGGUUGAUAUGCGUCAAUUUGCAAUAGAGAAGCUGCAGCGAACACUUGAAAAGAUCGGGUGGCCGGAUCCAUUAAAGACGCAGCAAGAGCUGCUUGAUAAGGAGACUGAGCUUUGUGAUAUAUCACAAAUAUUUGAAUAUCUAUUGAGUUUGCAGCUUACUCAACAAUUUCAAUCUGUAGUAGCGACAGAGAAUCUAUGGGCCAUGGACUGCCUUUCGGGUCCAUUGCUGCUGCGCUUUCGGUACCACUUUGAGCGACAUUUAAGCGCGACAAAUCGACUUUCAAAACCAGAGUGGUAUCUUAGUUACGUACACGAUCAAGUACAAGCCCAUACGCGGUUUUUAGCGUUCACGCUUACUCCUGCAUUGCAUCGCCACCGCGAAAAACUUCAUUGCUGGGAUGCAAAGAUCUUGAUGCUGCGAGAUCUCAUCAAGGCUGCCAGCUGUAAACUGACGAAGGAGUUACCUACAUUGGUAGCGCAUCCACCACUAUUGUGCCACACAUUGGAUGAAGUGCUACUUUUUGAGCAGCAAAUUGAUAAUGAUUUUGGUUAUGGAUCGUGGUCUAGCGCAGACCGUCAUGCCUAUCCGCGUUGUAUUGAUGUAUUUACUUCGAGCAAUAACGUGCUGUUUGCUUGGACGAGCGUCGAUGUUGAGUACGCACACCGCGUAUUGGCAUCAAGUUUAGAAACGGAAUCGUCGACCGAAAAGAAAGAAGUAAUGUGGGACUUGGAAGAUAGCGAUCGAAUAGAACAUUCUCAGCAAGAGCUUAUUCCUGCCAUAGCGCUUCAGUUUGUCGCCUUGAUAGAUUUUCUUUCGCAACGAUUUCUACUGAUGGAUUCGGAUGAACAUCGGUACUUGUACGUCAUGCAAGUCCACUUCCCGCUUUUAAAUCGUUUUAGACAGCUAUGUGAUGUUCGCAUACGCCAGUUGAUCAGUGGUUUGACUAAAACUAGAACCAUUGCAGAUGUGCAAAGCAAAUGGGGCGAGCUGUUUGUUGUGGUUAAUGCACUACAAUACGUCGCCCAAACGCUAGCGACCUGGGAGCAGAGUAGUGUCUUUCUGGAGCUAUCGAGGAAGGUUGCACAUUCCGGGAAAACGCGAGAACAAGUACUUCAAAUGCAUAUGGCGUAUACGAAGCAGGUCCUUGCACGAGCUUCAGCGGCUGUUCUUGCCACAGAAGAAGCAACAGCCGUACGACAAGCACUUGUUGGACCCGGUGCCAUGAUCGGACCAACGGCUGCUCUUACUGCCGUCUAUACGGCAGGAUCCGCUACAAUGAAGAGCCUGUUUCACCGUGCAGAGAAUAACGAAAAGAUUGAGCAUCAAGUAGCCGCUACAGUCCCAUCAGUGGAUAGUGCUACAUCUACUGUCGCAGCAAGGGACGACAAUAACAUGAUUUACGAACUUAACGACAUCGAUACGUUUAUCUUUUCGCACACAAUAUUCGAGCGGCAGAUUGGUGAGCUAAAGUCGCUAGCAUUAACGUUGCUUGACGAUGGUCAAAAAGCUCUGAUGCGUGCAAUGAAGCACGACAUCGAAAAUUAUCGCUCAAGUCCCUUCUGGACGAUGGUAUCACUGUAUGCUACAAAUGAACAGCAGCUGUCCAUUGUGUCUUCUGAACUGGCAAAUUGUUACACACUCGUUUUCAACGUAUUGUCGUGUGCGCGUAAUUGUCUGUUGCAAGAGUGUUGGCCUGCUUUCUGGAAAGCUCUGGCUUCAGCUCUUGAUGACGCGCUUUUUGAUGCGUUUUACAACCGUGUUGGAAUGCGUGAAUCGACUCAAUUGAGCAGAGCGGGACAACUUCAAUUCAUUUUUGAUAUUCAGACACUUAUCGCGAUUUUUGUGACAGACUCAUCCAAAACGUUACCUCGUUCAAAUUUUCGACGUACUCGGGAUGUGUGUUUACUAUUACAAAUGUCGGAACCUCGCGUACAUGAAUUAGUUAAAGCUCUUGAUGAUGUGACAAUCGUUCCAAUUGAGCAAGUUUCGAGUAUAUUAGAAGCGUGUGGAAUUGUCUCUCUCACACCUCCUCAGAUCGUACGGAUUUGCACCAUCCUACAAAAUGUUGACGGGCACGAAUUACCAACUGCUAUUUCAGCCUAA